AUGCAUCCUGAUUCCCAGCUAGAGACUGCUAUUGAGAAGGGCUUUGACCCAAAGAGUCUCUAUAGUGCCGAGCUGACGAAGGUCAAUGAACCUAUCAGAACAAUUCUCGAGCAGUAUAGCAAGAUUCCAGCUGCUCAAAUCUUACAGCAUGUUCAGGACCUGAAAGCUCGCGCGUUCGCAGUUUUCCCUUAUGCCUGUAUCGGACAGGCUUCGUUUCUUGAACUGAGCAUCACCACGUCUCCAUGUUACCCCGAGAUGCUUAAGCGCGUGAAGGAGGGUGAAAAGCUACUUGACUUGGGGUGCGCAUUUGGACAGGAACUACGCCAGCUGAUCUAUGAUGGCGCCCCUUCUGAUAGCCUUUACGGCUCAGAUCUGCGUCCAGAGUUUCUCGACCUGGGCUAUGACCUUUUUCUCGACCGCUCAAUUAGCAAAUCUCACUUCAUCAGCUCAGACGUCCUCGAUGACAACUCGGACCUUGUGACACAACUGAAAGGCGAGCUCGGCAUAGUUUAUAUCUCGCUGUUCCUUCACGUCUUCGAUUUCGAUCAGCAGGUCACCGUGGCAAAACGAGUACUAGACUUAAUGGUUGCGAAACCUGGAUCUUUAAUUGUCUGCCGAGUUGUCAUGUGCCGAGAUCAAGAUACGUUGAAUGCAGCAACCGCCCGCCUACCCUACUAUUAUCACGACCUGGCUAGUUGGGAAAGGCUUUGGGAGCGAGUUCAGAAAGAAACCGGUAUCAAGCUGAAUGUGCAGAGCUGGGAGCAAGAAGAUGCCCUUGCUAAAAAGCACCCUCUUCCUGGUAUUUACGUGCUUGGUUCAUCUAUUCGUCGGGAAUAG